AUGCUUGUAACAUUGAGCAUAGAAUGUGUCCAUGAAACCAGAGGUUUGCCUCGAGCUGAACAAAUUAAGGUGCUUGCUUGUAUCUACCACAUACAUAAGCACAUAGUGAAACUGCAACAGAUCUCUUUGACACCUCCUGAGCUAGUGCUGAAAUUGUCAUUCAUGGCUUUCGAGUGGGACUUAAAAUGCUUGUUAACUGAGUAUUGCAAAACAUACUGGAACAUUCUGGUUGACCGUAUGGCUUACAUCGAGAAGCUGAAAAUGAAGAACUCAAUAUCGAAAUUGCUACCAAAGACAAUAGAGGACAUUAUUAAAGUUGUGCACAUAUAUGACUCUGUGCAAUUUUGUACAAACAUAAUAACAUUUCUAGUGAAAAAACUCCACUUUCUCUACAGUGAUACAAAUGCCAAAGAGCUGCAACUGUCUUUUGGUGACAUUUUUAAAGCUUUAUCAGCUAAAACAGAUUUGGCAUCAUUCAAAAACUUAAAUGAAAAGGAACUUCUAGAAGUCUAUAUGAAAUUCAAUGACUGUUUUUAUGUAAUAGCUGAAAACUCUUCUAGAACAAAAUUCGAAAAUUGUGUACUUAAUGUUGUGGUACGGGCAGCCGUAACUUUACUGGGACACAACACUGAGGUUAUGAGAUGUUUAGAGACAUUUUAUCUGAAUGGAUUCUGUAGUGUAUUUGAAAAUUUUGCAAAUACAACAAACACAGAGAAUAUUUUAAACAAUAUGCUCACAUCUUGUUUGAAUAUUGAAAAACUUGGAUAUAAAAAAACUAUGUAUGCCACAUAUUCAUUCCUCAAUCAGUUCUUAAGACUUUACAUUGAAUUUAUGGUGUCCAAUAAAAAUUUAGACUGGAAUUUAUAUUUCAAUGAGAAAAUACAGCUGAGUUGCUUAAAUUUUAUGUUGUAUUUAAGUAGUCGGAAAAGUGAACAGAUGUUAAAAUGUGACAAUUGUCAUGUGAAGAGUGGUUUACAUGAUUCUUUGAGGCUCCUGUUAUUAAUAAAACACUUCCCUGUCGCGUCAAUAAGCCAAAAUUUGGAUAUAACAAAUGUAUUGCCAAUAUAUUACAAACUGGUUAAUGUUCAACAUAAAAUAUUGUACGAACUAAAACGGUUGGGAUGUGCCAACCAUGAUAAAUGUUUUAGGAAACUUCAAACUGACAUUCAUAACACAGCGAUCGCACUCAACAAAGCUAAUCACCAUGAAUACUCAAUAAAAUUGUUCAAUAUAUAUGUAGAAUUUGAAAUGCGUUCAUUCAAAGAUGUGAAUGAAUUAAAAAAUAUUAGUAGAGCUUUGUAUAAUAAAAGUAUUUGUGAGAUGGAUUGCAAAUUAUACUGUGGUGCUUUGCAAGAUGCUUAUUUGAGCUUGAUAUUUGCACUGCCGGAAGGACUGAGUUCUGAAAAAUGUAUGAGUUUAGUGAUGGAUGUUAAAGCAAAGGCUUUGAAAGAUAAUGACGGAGAAGAUAUACAAUCACUAUCAAUAUUUGACAUAUGCAAGAAGAGUCUCGAAGAAAAGCUCUAUGGAAACAUGAAACCUUUCUUUAUAAACGUUAAAAUUGGUGAAGUAUUGAAACAUGAAUUUAGUAUGUACGCAAAAUUGUGGCCAUCCAUCGUACCAAUAGGUGGUGUUUGGAAAUCUUUAUACGAUUUGAUGAAGAAUGAUCAUCAAUGGGUGGUCAACGAUAAUGAAGACAUAAAGUGGACUUUGUUUGAAAUAAUUUUACAAACGGUGACCAUUGUGAGGACUAUACAUUGUGAACAUUAUUCGGAAGUAGUGAAAGAACUGCUAGAUGCUCUUGACAGUGAACAGACUAAGAGCACAGAGUUAGAGUUUGUGCAUGCAGCCAUUUUGUUCCUGGGUUGUGAAUAUGAUUUAGCGGAAGCCAGACAAAAAUAUGGAUGGAAGACUACAGAACCGAGUAUGGACCCCGAUCAGAUGCAAGCCGGCAGCACAAUACCUCAAGAGCAUGAAGCAAGUAAAAAAGCUAUAGAAGCUGUACACUUAUUGAGUCACGCUGUCAAAGAUAUUGAUACAGGUACAUUACAUUUCAAAUAUACGUAAGUAGCCCAGUUGUCAAAUUGGUGGGUGUUUACUAUGCUAAGCUCCUCUAUGCUAUGGGAGGCACUCAGGCAUAUAUGUACUGGCUGCAUUUUCAGUCAUAAACACCCACUAUUCCUUUCAUAAGAAGGGAGUUGAUAACAAUACAAUUGGCUACUUAAUUGUUUGGAGAACAGUAUGUUAAAACUAUUAAUGAAAAAUGCUUGA